CAGCUCAAUAUUUGCAGGACAAGUAGCGGGCGCUAGAGGGCAGUAUUGAGCUGUGGUUAGUAGUGCAAAGCCGUGUGAUGAAGCGUAUUAUCAGGAAGUGAGCGACAAGGGUUGCAGACUGCUGUCAAAAUGGCACCGACUGGACUGAAGGCGAUAGUUGGAGAAAAAAUCCUCAAUGGUGUUAUCAAGAGUGUGAAGAAGGAAGGAGAAUGGAAGGUUCUCAUUUUAGAUCACAUGGGCAUGCGGAUUCUGUCCUGUUGCUGCAAGAUGUCUGACAUCUUGGCAGAGGGAGUGACCAUUGUGGAGGACAUCAGCAAACGUAGGGAGCCCAUCUCUAGUUUGGAGGCAAUUUAUUUGAUUUCUCCAGUGCAGAAGUCCGUUGAUGCUCUCAUUAAUGACUUCAAAGAUGCUGCUUAUACCUACAAAGCAGCACACAUCUUCUUCACUGAUGCUUGUCCUGAUGCUCUUUUUGCCAAGAUUGGAAAGUCCAGAGUUGCUAAACUUGCCAAGACUUUAAAAGAGAUCAAUGUGGCUUUUCUGCCAUCUGAGUCCCAGGUAUUCCUCCUGGAUGAUCCAACAUCUUUGCACUCCUUCUAUAGUGCUAAUCCAAUUCCAAACAAAGAUAAAAUGAUUGAAAAUCUGGCUGAGCAGAUUGCAACCCUGUGUGACACACUGAAGGAGUACCCUGCCAUACGUUACCACAAGGGACCAGAGGAAACUGCCAAACUGGCUGAAGAAGUCCACCGGCGCCUUAUUGCUCACAAGGCAGACAAUCCAAGCAUGGGAGAGGGUCCAGAUAAGGCAAGGUCCCAGCUGCUGAUUGUUGAUCGUGGCUUUGAUCCCAUCUCGCCAGUUUUACAUGAGUUAACCUUCCAGGCAAUGGCCUAUGACCUGCUAGAUAUCAAACAGGACAUCUAUACUUAUCAGUCAACUGGCAUUGGGAACUCAAACGAGAAACAAGUAUUACUGGAUGAAGAUGAUGAACUUUGGGUAGAGCUCAGACAUAUGCACAUUGCAGAUGUAACUACGAAAGUUACAGAGCUUCUUCGCACUUUUUGUGAAAGCAAGAGAAUGUCUACUGACAAUGCCAAUCUUAAAGAUCUCUCUCAGAUGUUAAAGAGGAUGCCUCAGUAUCAAAAGGAGCUCAGCAUGUACUCUACUCACCUGCACUUAGCUGAAGCUUGUAUGAAUAAAUUCAAGACUUCAUACAUGAAGCUUUGUGAAGUGGAACAGGACCUGGUUAUGGGCACAACUGGAGAAGGGGAACCACUAAAAGAUGCCACGAAGAUCAUUGUUCCUGUCCUCCUUGACAAAGAAGUUCAGGCCUAUGACAAAAUCCGCAUCAUACUUCUGUACAUAUUCCACAAGAAAAAAGGCAUUGGGGAGGAAAACCUAGCGAAGCUCAUCCAGCAUGCUAAUGUACAGAAUGACAGCCACAUCAUUACCAACAUGCAGAACCUGGGCUGCAACAUAGUAGAUGGGGGCAGCAAUGCUGCAAAAACACUGCCAGCUCGUAAGGAGCGUCCUGACAAUCCGUACCAGCUGUCUCGUUGGACACCCAUCAUCAAAGAUGUUAUGGAGAACGCCAUAGAGGACAAACUGGACAGAAAGCAUUGGCCAUAUGUCGCUGAGCCUGCUCCCAUCAAUACAACUCAGACUACAGUCAGUAGUGCACGUUUUGGGCACUGGCAUAAAAACAAAUCCCCAACAGAAUAUCAUUCUGGCCCACGGCUGAUUGUGUUUGUGAUUGGUGGGGUGUCACACUCUGAGAUGCGUUGUGCUUAUGAGGUCACCCGAGCCACGGAUGGGAAAUGGGAAGUGCUGAUUGGGUCAUCUCACAUCACGACUCCAACAAGUUUCCUGAAUGAUCUGAAAACUCUGGACCAGGUUGCAAAUCCUGAUUAUUAGUUGCUUUAAGGUCGUAGGUCACUGGCAUAAGGGUUUUGUCCUUCAACUGCGAUGACUGGUUACUGCUUUUCAGCUAGUGUCUUUGACAUAUGAAUUGAAACAUGAAGAAAACGUGUAGUUAUAGUAAAACAUUUCUGAUUCUUUUAGAAUUUUGAUGUCAUGUGGUCCUGUGGCAUGGGAGUUGGAUUAUGUAUGUGUGUCAUUAAAAUUAUAAUAUAUUUAAACAUAAAAUACUGUUUUGCAAUUUCCACAAAAUGGAUAAUUUCAUCAUCAUUGUCAUCAUCAUUAAUGUUGUUGAAAUACAAUGUAGCUGUGCAUUUAUCAGUAGUACUUAUUAUACUGUAUGUUCUAUGAUAUAGAUUUUUUUCUCUUGAAAGCAUUCAUGCCAGUUUUUCAGUUUUCUUUCUUGAUAUUGUUAUCCUGCACAUUUGUCAUAAAACUUAAUAUAUUGCUGGGAACAACGGGUAGAUGUGUCAUUGUUAAAUGAGCAAUACAAUAAAUUAAAGCUUGUAUAAGGGCA